GAGUUGUACAUGACUUUGAUUCAUUUAUUAAUGAAUCGAGAAAUGGAUUUAGCCAAAGCUCUAGCUAGAGUUAUUUUUUAUUUUUUUAUUUUUGAUAUUCCUGAUUUUAAUUUUUUAUUUUAAUUUUAAUUUUUUGGUUUUCCUAAUUAUAAUUUUUUAUUUUGCGAUCUGCACUCUGGUUCUCUCCGAAGCAAACUGCAACCAACAUCGCUCCCGUCCUCCCUCUUCACAGGCACAGUCAACGGCCACAGUUCUCCGGCGACUCCGACCAGGCACCAACAAUGAAAGCUAUAGUGAUAGCAAGCUUGGGAGGACCCGAAGUUCUUCAGCUGCAAGAAGUCGCAGACCCAGACCUCAACGACCACGAAGUUCUGAUCAAGGUCGAGGCCACAGCCCUCAACCGAGCCGACACGCUGCAGAGGAAGGGCUUCCAUCCUCCCCCAAAAGGCGCCAGUCCGUACCCUGGUCUCGAAUGUUCUGGAACUAUUGAAGCCGUCGGCAAGAACGUCACUCGGUGGAAAAUCGGCGACCAGGUUUGUGCUCUUCUUAGUGGAGGAGGUUAUGCUGAAAAAGUAGCUGUUCCUGCUGGGCAAGUUCUUCCUGUUCCAACUGGUGUUAAUCUGAAAGAUGCUGCUAGUUUCCCUGAGGUGGCGUGCACUGUUUGGUCAACUGUUUUUAUGAUGAGUCACUUAUCUGCGGGGGAAACAUUCUUGAUUCAUGGGGGCUCUAGUGGAAUUGGUACUUUUGCAAUUCAGAUAGCCAAAUACAAUGGAGCAAGGGUAUUCAUCACUGCAGGCAAUGAAGAGAAACUAUCUGUUUGCAAAGAGCUUGGAGCAGACGUGUGCAUCAAUUACAAAACAGAAGAUUUUGUUGCAAGAGUGAAGCAAGAGACAGGAGGGAGAGGUGUUGAUGUUAUUCUGGAUAAUGUUGGUGGGCCCUACUUCCAGCGGAACCUUGACUGUUUAAAUGUUGAUGGGCGGCUUUUUAUCAUUGGCUUCCAGGGUGGAACAGUCACUGAGGUGAAUCUCUCGUGUUUGCUUGCAAGGCGCCUCACUGUGCAAGCGGCUGGCUUGCGAAACCGAAGCCCAGAAAACAAAGCGCAAAUUGUAACUGAGGUUGAGAAAAAUGUGUGGCCAGCGAUAGAGGCAGGCAAGGUGAAGCCUGUGCUGUACAAAUCCUUCCCAUUGUCUGAAGCAGCGGAAGCUCAACAGCUCUUGGAAAGCAGCCAGCAUAUUGGAAAAAUUCUUCUUCUUCCAUGAUUCCAGUGUCUCACAAGAUGAAGGGUUUUAUGCCUUCAAAAGUUGAUCUCCUCGUAUGGAUCUACUUUGUGAUGUCAUUAAUGAUCAACUGUGUUUAUAUGGAAAUGUACAUUGUUUAAGUGUUUGAAUAAAUGAGUUUGUUGUAAGACCAUGAAAAGUUUUUAGGUGUAUACUGUUAUAGACUUGGACUAGAAAAAUGUGUGGCCAGCGAUAGAGGCAGGCAAGGUGAAGCCUGUGCUGUACAAAUCGUUCCCAUUGUCUGAAGCAGCGGAAGCUCAACAGCUCUUGGAAAGCAGCCAGCAUAUUGGAAAAAUUCUUCUUCUUCCAUGAUUCCAGUGUCUCACAAGAUGAAGGGUUUUAUGCCUUCAAAAGUUGAUCUCCUCGUAUGGAUCUACUUUGUGAUGUCAUUAAUGAUCAACUGUGUUUAUAUGGAAAUGUACAUUGUUUAAGUGUUUGAAUAAAUGAGUUUGUUGUAAGACCAUAAAAA